CAGAGCAAGACAAGAUGACUCACCAUUGCACCAAGUUCUCCGGCCACUGGAAGAUCAUCGUCUUCGACGAGGAGUGCUUCCAGGGCCGCCGCCACGAGUUCACCUCCGAGUGCUGCAACGUGAUGGAGUUCGGCUUCGAGACCGUGCGCUCCAUGCGCGUGGAGAGCGGCGCCUGGGUGGGCUACGAGCACGCCUCCUACCAGGGCCAGCAGUUCAUCCUGGAGAGGGGCGAGUACCCCCAGUGCGACGCCUUCGGCGGCAGCAACGCCUACCACAUCGAGAGGAUGACCUCCUUCAGGCCCAUCGCCUGUGCUAACCACAGAGAGUGUCGCAUGACCAUCUUCGAGCGUGAGAACUUCCUGGGCCGCAAGGGCGAGCUCAGCGACGACUACCCCUCCCUGCAGGCCAUGGGCUGGUGCAACAACGAGGUCGGCUCUCUCAGGAUCCAGUCUGGAGCAUUUGUGUGCUACCAGUACCCCGGCUACCGUGGGUACCAGUACAUCAUGGAGUGUGAUCGUCACUGUGGGGACUUCAAACACUUCAGGGAGUUUGGAUCCCACUGCCAGACCCCUCAGAUCCAGUCCAUCCGCCGUAUCCAGCAGUAA